AUGUCUCUUCAGCCCAUUACCAUUUACAACCACGGCAAGUCCACGCUUCCCCGUGGGCCCAACCCCAAGAAGCUCAACAUCAUCCUCGAGGAGCUCAACGUUCCUUACAAGCUGAUUGACAUUGAAAACCCCAAGGACGCAGAGUUCCUCAAGAUCAACCCCAAUGGCCGUCUUCCCGCCAUUGUCGACCCCAACAACGACAACCUCACCCUUUGGGAGUCUGGUGCCAUUGCCGAGUACCUCGUCGAGACAUACGACAAGGAUAACAAGAUCAACGCCACCAACCCCAGCGACAAGUGGCACCUGAAGCAGUUUCUGCACUUUCAAAUGUCCGGCCAGGGUCCGUACUACGGCCAGGGUGUUUGGUUCUUCAAGUUCCACAGCGAGGACGUUCCCUCUGCCAAGAAGCGCUACCUCGAGCAGAUUGACCGCGUCUGGAGCGUCCUGAACAACCUGCUCAAGGGCAAAGAAUAUCUCCUCGGCAGCAAACUUACCUACGUCGACCUGUGCUUCGUUCCUUGGGAGUUUACCGCGCAAAACUUCCUCGGUGAAGACUUGAAGGCUGCGGGCUACGACGCCCAGAAGAGAUACCCCAACUACUGGGCUUGGUACCAGCGCCUGCUGGCUCGUCCCUCUGUCAAGAAGACUUAUGGCCUGUAA